GGGCAGAGUGAGAGAUGCGGCCGGACCGAGCGGGACCGGAACGAGCAGAGAUAAAGUACUGAGCGAGCCUGCGGUGCGGAGUUCGAGUCCGUUGCGGUCAGUUUGAGACUUAGAUCCGGACCAUGGUGCAGCAGACGGAACAUGGCGGAGCGGGGACGAACGGCGGGUCCCGCGAGGCGAGCGACCCGGAGGAGAGGGCGCUGCUGGCGGCCUCGGCGCGCAGCCCCGUGCCGCUGAAGGCGGACUGGUGCAAAACGGCGUCCGGGCACAUCAAGCGGCCCAUGAACGCCUUCAUGGUCUGGUCCAAGAUCGAGCGCAGGAAGAUCAUGGAGCAGUCCCCGGACAUGCACAACGCCGAGAUCUCCAAGCGGCUCGGGAAGCGCUGGAAGAUGUUGAAAGACACCGAGAAGAUCCCGUUCAUCCGGGAGGCGGAGCGGCUCCGGCUCCAGCACAUGGCCGACUACCCGGACUACAAGUACCGGCCCAAGAAGAAGCCCAAGACCGAGGGCUGUGCGUUUCCUGCGGGCAAGCCGGCGGCUCAGACCCCGGAGAAGACGGUCCGACCGGCUGCCAAGAACCACGCAGCCGCGCGGAAGCUGGCCAAGUUGAAACCCAGCAAGCCGGCUGUCGGUCCGGGCCGAGCCAGCAGCCACCUCCCGCAGCACCAGGACCCCCGGUACCGGUACGUGCUGACCACCAGCUUUAAACCCGGCAAGCUCAUUAAACGGGAGUUUACGGACUCGGAGGAGGAGGAGGACGACGAUGAUGAAGAGGAGGACUCCGAGGAGGAGCGGGAGUUCAAAGUGGAGCAGGAGGACGAGCCGGACCAGUACUACCUCUCCAAGCUGCCGGCCGCCGAACCGGAGGGGACCGGCAGGUCCGACCGGUGCUUCUACAGCUUCAAGAACAUCACCCGGCAGGGCACCGGGCCCUCCUCCUACCCGGCCUCACUGUCCCCCGCGUCCUCGUCCCGGUCCGGCUCCACCUCCUCCUCCUGCUGCGGGGAGGACCUGGACGACCUCCCGGCGGAGGGGGCCGACUUCACCCUGAGCCUCCUGGCCGGCUUCCACGCCUCCUCCUCGGAGCCGUGGAGCUCCGCGGCGUCCAGCUCGGCCCCGGGGAACCUGAGCCUGUCCCUGGUGGAUAAAGACCUGGACUGCGAGGGCAGCCUCGGGUCCCACUUCGACUUCCCGGACUAUUGCACCCCGGAGCUCAGCGAGAUGAUCGCGGGGAACUGGCUGGAGGCCAACUUCUCGGACCUGGUCUUCACUUACUGAUCAGAGCCACACCCGGACAGGGAACCGGAUUAUUAUUUUUUCCAUGCGCCUCAUCUCCCCGGAGCCGGUUCUGGCGCUCCAGAGCCAGUCAGGGACCGGGCUGACGGGGCCGCUGGGGGGAGGGGACGCCGGCCUGGACCCGGACCGGACGGUACUAAAUGACCUCAACAGGGUUUUAUGGAUUUAGUUUCUGUUGCUCGGGUCUGAAACAGGACCCGGACUAUGCAUUCCCGUCCAGACUCUUACAAUAACACUAAAAUCAGGAUGUUUUAUGGGACUUGUAGUUUUAGCUGCCUCCUCCAGGUGUGUGUGUUGGGGGGGGGGGGGGAGGCCAUGAAAUGUAAAGACCCGGACCCAGAGCAGGUAUGACACCUUUUCUACAGAACCGAACAAACCUCAUCUUUUUUUAUCCAGAAGUAAAAAUAUUUUCAGGCCUAUUUUUGUACAGUCCAGGCACUUCUUCUUCUUCUUCUACCGCUUUCUGACCCGACCGGGGGUUCGGACCGGAAGUCGCAGCUGUGGCCGGAAGUCGGGAUAAGUUGUACAUGUUGUGUAAGAUAGUUAAAGUUUAGGAGUUUAUGUAAAUCUGAGCGAGAGAAACUGGAUUCUUUCUGUUUUUUAUAUCCUCGUCGGCACAUGUUUGUUUCUCCUUAUUAUUAUUUUGUGCAAUAUAAAAACAGUUUUCUGUGUCCUCUCAAUAAACAGCUGGAGCUGC